AUAUGCAAUACCCUAAAGUCUUAUAGUCCGUCCUACUCUAUGCACCUGUCAACAAAAUUAAAAUGACUGUUUUUAAGGGUAAACAUUCAGUUCAAGCUUUAUGGCUUUGAGUUAUUUUGACUGUCUUUCACGAGAACAUCUGAAGAUAUUAUUGAAUAUGUUAUGUCGUCCUAUCGCCACCUUCGUCGCGGUCGGCUUCUCCCAGUCCUUGGUUAUGUUGCAUUGACAGUCUUCUUCCUGUGGGCAGGUGCCACUGUAAUCCUCAAAUCACUGAUUGAUUCAGAUUAUGGGCCCACCAUGAAGUCUCAAAGUAUGCCUAGUGCUGGGCACAAUAUGCUCCAAAAGACACUCACCGCUGUCUCUGCCUCAAACACUCACUACUUUACAGAGGCUCUUAGCCACAUUCUCGUACCCAGGGUUGUUGGAACUACAUCUCACACAAAAGUUAAAGAGUACAUAAAAAAUCAGUUAAGGUCAUUUGGUUGGUCAGUCACAACUGAUACCUUCCCCGACAACACUCCAAAUUUUGGCGAACUUAUUUUUGAGAAUAUUAUUGCCAAGUUGAAUCCUUCAUCCAAACAUUAUAUAGUUUUAGCAUGUCACUAUGACUCAAAGUAUUUUCCAAAUAUGGAAUUCCUUGGAGCCUCUGAUUCAGCUGUCCCUUGUGCUAUGUUGCUUAGUCUAGCCCAGAGUCUUCAGGAAGAAUUGCAACCUCUAAAAGAUGCUGAACUGAGCUUGGAGUUAUGGUUUUUUGAUGGUGAAGAGGCUUUUGUGGAUUGGGGUCCCCAUGAUUCUCUCUAUGGUGCACGACACUUGGCCAAGAAAAUGGAAGAGGAAAACUCCCUUUCAAAAAUAAAAUGCCUGAUUCUGCUUGACUUGUUGGGUCCUUCAAAGCCUGUCAUGUACAAUUAUUAUGAGAAUGAACUGUUUAAGCAUUUUGUGGCCUCUGAGAAGGCUCUCAGAACUGGAGGCCACCUUAGAGACAGUUAUUCCCCAGAUAAUAUGUUCUUUAGAAACCGUAAAGUUGGACAUUAUGUAGAUGAUGAUCAUACUCCAUUCUUACAUCGCAAAGUACCAAUUAUUCAUUGGAUACCCGAACGAUUUCCAGAAGUCUGGCACACAUAUCGAGAUAAUUAUGAUGCUAUAGAUAUGCAUACCGUUGAAGAUAUGAACAAAAUAUUGCGCUUGUUUGUUCUAAAAUACUUCAACUUAUGAUCCAGGUGAGUGCUGAUUGAGAAUCAAUGUACCAUCUCUUGUUCCAGUUUUUAAAUGAAAGUUUUAUUUCAUAUUUUUUUCCCCAAAAAAAAACUCUUUUUGUUUUAUAAAAGUACUUAAUGAAUCCACUGUACCGGUACUUAGCUAGUGCUAUCAUUUUAAAUUCAUUGUAUCAUAUCAUUUGUUCCUAUGAUCAUAUUAGCAUCAAUGAAAGACUGGAAAAAAUAACUUUGCAUGCUGUGAUUUCCGCCUAAAUUAUUUAGUUGACUGCUGUCAGUCAUUUCCUCUUAUUAUUGUACAUUGUUACAUCACACAGUAUUAAUUUGUUUCCAAAAAUAUAAUUCUAUACCACAUGUUA